GCCAAUUAGGAGGCGUGAUCUCGCCUGGCGGCACUCCUACUUUUCCCUUCCGUGCGUGAUACCGUGCGCGCACCCCAAGGGGGGGAAAUAGAACACGGAGCGCGCUCCUCACUGUGUGUGAGAGAAGCUGAGGGGACGGGAAGAUGGGGGAGAGAGCGGGAACCCGAGUAUUUAAGAAAUCCAGCCCAAACUGCAAGCUUACCGUCUACCUGGGGAAACGAGAUUUUGUGGAUCACCUCGAUCGCGUGGAACCUGUCGAUGGCGUCGUUCUGGUGGAUGCAGAUUAUCUGAAAGAUCGUAAAGUCUUCGUCACCCUGACUUGUGCUUUCCGCUAUGGUCGCGAGGACCUUGACGUCUUGGGCCUCUCGUUCCGGAAGGACCUCUUCAUCUCGACCUUUCAGGCCUAUCCCCCUCUCCUGGAGGAGAAGAAGCCUCUCACCCGACUGCAGGAGCGUCUGGUCAAGAAACUAGGGGAGCAAGCGCAUCCAUUCUACUUCACCAUUCCACAGAAUCUGCCAUGUUCGGUGACACUGCAGCCAGGUGCUGAGGACACGGGGAAGGCUUGUGGCGUUGACUAUGAAAUUCGUGCCUUUUGCGCCAAGUCCAUGGAGGAGAAGAUGCACAAAAGAAACUCGGUGCGUCUGGUCAUCAGGAAGGUACAGUUUGCCCCAGAGAAGACCGGACCUCAGCCAAUAGCAGAGACCACCAGAAACUUUUUGAUGUCAGACCGGUCAUUACAUCUAGAGGCCUCUCUAGACAAAGAGCUGUACUACCACGGGGAGGCCAUCAAUGUAAAUGUCCACGUGACCAAUAACUCCGGCAAAACCGUCAAGAGGGUGAAAGUGUCCGUCCGGCAAUACGCAGACAUCUGCCUGUUCAGCACAGCACAGUACAAGUGCCCGGUCGCUCAUAUAGAACAAGAUGACCAGGUGACCCCCAGCUCUACGUUCUGUAAAGUUUACACUCUGACUCCACUUCUGUCUAAUAACCGGGAGAAGCGAGGUCUGGCCCUGGACGGAAAGCUGAAGCACGAGGACACAAACUUAGCGUCAAGCACCAUUGUGAAGGAGGGAUCCAGUAAAGAAGUGCUGGGAAUUCUCGUCUCUUACAGAGUGAAAGUCAAACUGGUGGUGUCCCGUGGAGGGGAUGUCACGGUGGAGCUGCCUUUUGUCCUAAUGCAUCCAAAACCCCCAGAGCCAGCACCAAGACCUAUAUCCGAGUUCCCUCAGACGGAUGUGCCUGUUGACACAAAUCUCAUAGAAUUUGAAACAAAUUACCUUCAGGAUGACGACAUCGUCUUCGAAGAUUUCGCCCGCCUAAGACUCAAGGGGUUAAAAGACGACCAGGACGAUGACGAGGCCUACUGCUAGCCUUGCCUUUAGAGGCUGCGCCCCAUUGCCACUGGAGACUCCGCCUCUAUUUGCCACAAGUGGAUUUCAUUCCCUUUUUUUCUUUGAGCGGAGACCUUACACAACUAUACACACAUACACGCAAGGUGUAUUUUUAAUGGGCAGUCAGCAUUUACGUGUGUGUAUGUACAUAGCGAGUCACUCAACACAAUGGGGGUGGGGCCAGUAGAGUGUACACAACUGCUGCGCAGGCACCGCGACGGAGGUUGUGGUAUAUGUCGGCGUACUCUUGUCUUGUGGUCUCGUACAUGUACACCAUCAUAUACUUGACUGUCUCUAUAAUCACAUUGGAAUCAGCACGCACAGGGCUAUAUGGCAGUAUAGGGGUUGUACAUAGGACAGACUCUAUAGGAAAUUCACACGUGUACAUUUGUGGGUGGGGGGGCGUUGUAAAUAAGUGGCGAUCAAACCUUAUGUGGUUGCUGCAUACCUACUCGCCUGAUCUAGCAUAUACGCCCACGUGUAACUGUCACCCCUGUGUG